CCGUGACACCGAGGCUCGUGUAAAACGGUGCCAGCGACAGCAGCGGUGCCAAGCUGUGAGUGGGUGUUGGUGAACAGGAGGCAUAGAAAAUCAAUUACCGCUGCCGGUGGAAACAACAUCAGACUAUACUCCAGACUGGACAAUGAGGCCAGUUUUGUGACAAACGACUGCUGCUUUUCACCUGCGUGUAAAUCCAAGCUUUGGCCGGAGAGUGGGAUUGUCCCCGUUCCGUAACCAUUUCAAGCUAACUGCGGCCCGGGCUGAACUAUGGACGUGGACAGCCAAUCUGUGACGGAGAUGUCGGCCAACGUAACCAUGGCAACGGUCAGCAACGUCACAACUAAGGCACCCCUGCCCGACUUGAACGAAAUGAACAGGUUCUCCCCCUCGCUGAUGACGCUGACGGCAGUGCUCAUCGCCACCUUCAUGGUCGUGGGUCUGUUCGGCAACGCCAUCACGAUCGUGGCUCUGCUGAGGUGCCCCAGGGUGCGGAACGUCACCGCCGCCUUCAUCUGCAGCCUGUGCGUGGCCGACUUCUCGUUCUGCCUGCUCGUGCUGCCAUUCGAGGUGUCGCGCUUCGCUAACGGCCAGUGGCUGUUUGGCGACGGUUUCAUCUGCGUUCUGUUCCCUCUGCUGCGCUACUGGAACGUGGGCUGCUCGCUGCUAUCAAUCGCCAUGAUAACCAUCAACAGGUUCGUGAUGAUCGCCUUCAACAACGUGUACAACAAGAUCUACGAGCGGCGCUGGGUGGUGGUGCAGAUCCUCUUCAUCUGGGGCUACAGCUUCGGCAUGCUGGUGCCGACCCUGGCCGGACAGUGGGGUCGGUUCGGCUACCACCCUCUUCUGAUGACGUGCACGGUGGUCCGUGAUGCCAACGGAAACUCGGCCAAAAAGGCGCUCUUUCUGAUCGGCUUCCUGAUCCCCUGCAUUGCCAUCGUCAUCUGCUACGUGGGCAUCUUCCUCGUCAUCGUAUUGUCGGACCGCAGAAUGCGUCGCCACAGCGUGAAGGCCGGUGUCAAGGAAACCACCCAGCAGAAGAAAUCCAGGGAGGAGCGCCGGCGCAAAAACGAAAUGCGCAUCACCAGGAUGUCGCUGGUGAUCUUCCUGACGUUCCUGCUUUGCUACCUGCCCGUCACCGUCUCCAAGAUCAAAGAUCCGUUCGUCAAGUACCCAGGUCUGCACAUCCUGGGCUACAUAUUGUGCUACUUCUCCGCCUGUGUCAACCCCAUUAUCUACGUCAUCAUGAGCAAGCAGUACCGACAGGCGUACAAGACGGUGCUGUUCUGCCGCCGCCCUCGCCUCUUCUCCGACAGCUCCAUGCAGUCGAAGGAAAGCAAGUCGCGCGACGGGGUGAUGGGCUCGCGUACCUACAUGUCCCAGGUCUCCAACGACAGCGUGUCCGGCGGCACAGCCAUGGAGGAGCUGCCGGACGUGUUUCCCGACCCCAAAGACAACCGGAAGUGAGCGACAUCCGGCCGGAAGUUGGCGACUUCCGGUCGAGUUCCGGGUGUGUCGAUGACGUCACCUCCGAGCUGGACCACAGCUGGAGGACAGAGGAGUUGGAGCUUAGUGAGAGGACAGACAAUGCGAGCACCAGGUGGCACAGAACGCCAACAAACGCUGACACACAACGGGGUGACGUCACUACUGGUCACUAUCACGUCACUGAUCGCGAGUGUCAUCGGAGCGAUCAAGGGGUUACUUAAAAAUGCGUGAUUGUUGGACUGGAACGCCCAUUGCUGACUGGCAAAGUGAUUGCGUUUACGAGGGUGAAUGUCUCUGAAUUGAGUGUGCACGAGAAACUAUUUUUGCGUUUCUCAUUGAAUAAGAACUAAAAGGAGGGCGAGCAUGCACUGCUUAUUGUUGAUAGGCAAACACGCAUAUGGCGGCAUUUAUGCGGGCAUUGAGAAAUGUUUCACAUUUCCGCUCAGUAUGCACAAGUUUUGAUGCUGAGUUUGGUUUAUACGUGCGUCAUUUUCCGCCCAUCGCUUGCUUUUGAAGUUGAUGUGUAUUGUGUGUUGAUAAUGAACAACAAAUUGCAGAAGGAAUGGCGAACCCGUCGACAACAAAAUGCUGAUACCGCUAUGUGAUAUCUGUGCUUGGUGUAAUUAGGAUAUAUCGAGUGAGGUUCGUUUAGAGGGAUGCGUGUUAUGACAAUCAGUGUUUAGUAUUGUUAGACAUAUUGAUAAAAUCUGAUGGCCAAUAGUUGCAAACCAAAAUGGUAAUUAAAAUUUAAAUCUUCUUGUAUUUUAUAUAAGAUUUGUAUUUUAUAUGAAAUACAAAAUAUUUAUAUUUUAAUUAUCAUUUUGGUUUGCAACUAUUGGCCAUCAGAUUUUAUAAACAAUCAGUGUUGUCUGAUGAGUGCAGGCCCAGACGAGGACAUCAUACAAGAGGUGCCUACAGAGCCGUUAGUACUUAGUGCUGUCUUUACCAUGCUCUUUAAUCGUUUUUUAAUCGUUUAUUUUUAAUUUGCUUUGUCGACUAUGAAGUGAAGAUUUACCAUGAUAUACCUACUAUGCUUUCCUAUGAGGCUCAGUCAUUCUUCGUGCACAAUGAACAGAAGAAGACUUCGAAGUUAUGUAGAUAAAAACAACAAUAAUGCAUUGACGUAUGAACGGAGUAAGCUAAGUGUGUUGGCGUUGAUGAUAUGGACGUAAGGAGCCUUGCUGGGUUUCACGACUCUUCUUCUCCCUUGCUUGCAGACAUUAUACGAGCUUAUAGGCAUGUUUUUGGUCUCGCUGGCUUAGAACUUCAAAAUAUGUAUGAAAAAACAUAUGCCUGGCACUUGGCAGUAGGCAACGUACAUACCUAUAGAGCCUGUGUUUGCUGUUGGUAUGCCCAACUGCGGACAAAUAAAAUGUGCAGGCCGUG